CUCUUCCUCCAAAUCACCAUUAAGAAAAGCAUUCUUAAUGUCGAAUUGGAAGAGAGGCCAAUCAAAAUUCACAACAAUAGAUAAUAGUAAUCGAAUGGAAUUUAGUUUGGCAACUGGGGCAAAUGUCUUCUCAUAGUCGAUUCCAAAGGUUUGGGUAAAACAUUGUGCAACCAACCUAGUUUUGUAUCGCUCAAUGCUCCCAUCAGCCUUGUGUUUGACUGUAAAUACCCAUCUACAUCCAACCACUUUCUUGUUAGAAGGCAAUGGAACUAUCUCCCAUAUCUUAUUUCCCACUAAUGCAUCCAUUUCUUCCAUUACAACCAUUCUCCACUUAGGAUCUUCCAUAGCAGCCUGAAUAUCUUUUGGAAUAUUAAUGCUGUCAAUCUGGGCCAAAUAUCCUCUGAACUGUGGAGCCAAUUUCACAUAGGUUAGAUGAUUAGAUAUUGGGUACUUUAACCCAUGAUCUUACCCCUUUUCUCAAUGCUAUUGGAACAACCCAAUCUAAGCCAUCUUCUUCUUUAGUACUGCUGUCACUUUCUAGUGCAACUGUCCCCUUAUUGCUACCCCUUUUUGUUGAAGGAUUGGUCUUUGGAUAUGGCUGGUUUUGCUUCAGUUCUAUAUGACCUUUAGAUUUUCUUGAGUAGACAAAUAGAGGAGGAUUUUUGGCUGCUGUAGGACUAGGUUUUUCCUGCUCAGAAUGAUGAGAGGACUCAGAAUUUGCAGGAUUUUUUGUGUCAGGUUCAGAAUUUCCAGCACCAAACAGUAUGUUGUCAUGAGGCACUAAGAAUUCUCCCCCUUGAGAACAUACUGGUUGAUUGGGAUCGAAGGAAAAUAAGGGAGAAAUGGAUUCAUUGGAACUGUUAUGGUGGCCUGUGAGGGAAUAAUGGGGAAGAUCUUCAUAGAAUGUCACAUCGGUGGAAACCAAAAAUUUGUGACUGGUAGGACAAUAGCAUUUGUAACCCUUUUGAGAGGGGGAAUAUCCCACAAAAAUGCACUUGGUGCCUUUAGGAUCCAACUUGGUCCGAGAAGGGGCAUUGUUGUAAACAUAGAAAAUGCAGCCAAAAACCUUAGGAGCAAUAGACAAGAUGGUAGAGAUGGUUGGAUACAUAGUACAUAGAAUGUUGAGAGGAGUUUGGAAUUGCAAAGUUUUGGAUGGGAGACAGUUAAUUAAGUAGGCAGCAGUGAUGACUGCUUCUCCCCAAUAAGAAUGAGGCACAUUUAUAGUGAUCAUCAUAGCUCUAGCCACUUCUAGGAGGUGUCGAUUUUUUCGUUUGGCCACUCCAUUUUGUUGGGGUGCAUAUGGACAAGAGUUUUGGUGAAAAAUACCAUGCUCGGCAAAGUAAUGAGAGAGAUCAUUUGAAAAAUAUUCUCGGCCAUUAUCAGUGCGAAUUAUUUUGAUGGAAGUUUGGAACAUAUUCAAAAUUAAUUUGUGGAAUCGUUUGAAUAUAUUUCCAGUUUCAGUUUUUCCUUCAUCAAGUACACUCAACAAGCCUUAGAAUGAUCAUCGAUAAAUGUAAUAAACCAUCUAAAAUCAGUGAUAUUAGGGCAUUUAGAGGGUCCCCAAAUAUCACUAUGAAUUAAUUGGAAGGGAGUAGAAGGCUUGUACAUUUGAGUAGGAUGAUGAGAUCUAUGUUGCUUAGCAAGAGUACACUGUUCACAUGAAAGAAAUUGCUCUUUAUUACCAAAUAUAUCAGGAUAUAAAGAUCUAAGGUAAGGAAAGCUAGGAUGUCCUAAGCGUUUAUGCCAUAACAGGACAUUGGCAUUGGUUUUUACACUUAGAACAACUUUAUUAGAAGAAAAACUAGAAGGAAAAAAAAGAUCUAUUGCAAGACAAUAAAGGCCAUCCAUUACUUUAGCAUUGCCAAUCAUCUUCCCUGAGGCUCGAUCUUGAAAAACACAAUAAGAAGGGUAGAACAUUACAGUGUAGUUCAUAUCUUUACUGAUCCGGCUCACUGAUAAUAAAUUGUGUUGCAGUCUAGGAACAUGUAACACAUAAUUCAGCUUUAAUUGGAAAUAUAUGCAGUCCCCAUACCCAAAACUGGUGAAGUGGUUCCAUCAGCCAUAGAUAUAUUGAGAGAUGAGUCACAUAAGGUAUAAUUAGCCAAGACCUUGCUGAAUUUGUCAUAUGGUCUGGUGCUCCCGUAUCAAUCACCCAUAGAUUCUUAGAAAGACUUUUAGAAACCAAGAGGUAGGGCUGGAAAUUAUCUUGUAGUGCUAGAGAAGCAGAGGGCUGAGGAUUGGUUUGGACGAACUGAUUUGUACCUUGGUUUAGAAGCCUAUACAAGGCUUGAACUUACUCUUCUGAUAGAUUCAGAUUGGAUUUAUUUUCUGUUGGAGCCUCAGCAUUAUAGGCUGCUGCUUUGGGGUUAUUUCUCCUCAGCCGUGGCUUCCAAUUUGUUAGUUUGCCAUGGAUUUUCCAGCAAUUUUCCUUAGUAUGGUUGGGCCGGUUGCAAUGGUCACACCAUAACUUGUCCCUUGCCUGACUCUUUGCAAAAACAUCCCCCUGUUUAACAGAGGCAAGAGCCGAAUGCUGGUGAGGUAAGAUUGAAUCUGAUGGGUUUUGGAGCAUCACUUUUCUCCUGCUUUCUUUCCUUACUUUUGAGAAAACUUCCUUCGAGUGAUAGAAGAGGCUUUGUACCCAAAAUCCUACCCCAAACUUCAUCCAAAUCAGGGUUAAGACCAUAUAGGAAGUCAAAAAUUCGCUCUCUUUCUAUCAUCUUAUUAUAUUAUGUGCUAUCAGUUGGAGACUCCCAAGUUAUUGCAUAGAAUAUAUCCAUCUCAUGCCAUAAUCCAACCAAAACAUUAAAGUACUCGGUCACACUAUUCAUACCUUGUUUAGUGUUCCUGAUGGUUGAUCGGACUUCAAAACAUUGAGAGAAAUCUUCCAAAUCCGAAUACAUCUCUUGGAUUGAUUCCCAAACUUCCUUGGUCGUUUUGUAAAACAAGUAUGUUCUCCCUAUUUUUUUGGCUCCAUGGAGUUGAUUAACCAAGUCAUGAUGGUAGAAUUUUCAGCCUCCCAAAGGCCAUAGUUGGCUGCUGUAGUAGGCGAAGCAGGGAUGGAUCCAGUUAAAUACCCGGAUUUUCCUUUGCCUUUUAUCACUAACAUUAUCGAUUGAGACCAUUUCCUAAAAUUACUCCCAUUAAGUUUGUGUUGAGUAAUUUGUAGGGGAUGGUUAUCAAUAGGUGUUGUAGUGAGGUGUGAGGGAGACGGAGAUGUAAGAGAAGCACUUGGAGAUGAAGUGGCUGAGGCUUCGGUUAGGGUUGGGUUGAGAUUGGCGUCGGCCAUGAAUGAAAUCGAGAGAAGUCAUUGCCGUUCUUCCUUGAUCGAACAGUUAUUUGAUGCCAUGAAACAAGACUUUGAAAAUAAUCCAAUAGCUUGCUUGAAUUAAUUCCGAGAGUAGCAGAAAAUAUAUAUACAAACUACUAUUAUAUCACUUUCCUAGAAAGUAGGAAAGGAUUUGGUACUCUACUCCUAAAAAAUAGGGAUAACUAUCUCCUAAAACUUAGGAGAUAAAGAAGAUGUAAAAUAUAAAAGAUUAUAACAAUUAUCUACUACUAACAAACAUAAAUUUAAAUAAUCUGAAGAUAAUCUUGAGUUCCAGCAGAUAUUAUCAUGCUUCUAGAGUCCUUCUCCACUUAUACUUCUAACAGAAACUGAUCUCGUCCAACAAGUAUCAAUUGUUAAAUGAUCUUCUAAUCUUUUGUGUAUAUACAGCUAUAUACUACAAUAUGGAAGAAUGGGGGUUGUGUUUGAAGCAUGCUGCCUUUUUUAUUUUUAAACAGCCUAAAAGAAGUUGAUCAGUUCAUUCAUAGCCUUACAAUUAUGCAUGAGUUUUUUCCUUUUUUUAUCUGAUCAUGUCUCCUCUAAUUCUUGGGGGUUGACACUUGUAGAACUUGUGUUGGUGAGAUGGUGGUAGAGUUGUCAACUUAGUUAUAUGCUUGGAAAUCAUGUAUUGGUUAGGGUUAAAAAAAAAAAAAAAAACUAUGGUUGAAGUGCUUGGUGGCAUUUCUCGAGAUCUAGGCCUUAGAGGAUAUUGGCAUUUUUUCCCAAAUUUUGGAUAAUUAAGUUUAAACUGUCAGGAUUUCAGUAUAAUUGAUAGAAUUGGAAUUGGAAUUGGAAUUGGAAUACUUCCAAAUUUUCUAAAGCUACCAUGACCCUAGUAGACCAUGUAUUAUUUCCUUCAAUCAAAUAAAGAAUGACGUAAAAUGCAUGGGUAAGGGGUGCUAGCUGUUUUUAUUGUUCUUGCACUAAGUAUGGCGCUCGUGCUAAGUAAGUUUUCCAAGGUAGGUGAUGACUUGGGUCGACCAUAGCUUACCAUGAGGGUUUUGUAAUCCCUGAGUGGGUGAAGAACCUAACAAGUGGUGUCAUAGAUGUUUAGGAGGGAUUACAUGGGGUAUUGCCUUAAGGGUAGGGGUCUUGGUGUGUAUAGGUGUUAGGCUAUUGUUAUGUUGUAAGCAAUGUGUACUUUAGGGAUUGAGUGGGCUACUGAUUUGUCAUCUUCCAUGUUGUGUGCUACAGUAGGACGUGGUUAGGUUCAAUGUAGGCUAGCACUGCUACACUCUGGCAAUGUGCUUACUUCCUCCCAAGUAAGCUAUGCAAUGUGUGCUAAAAGAUUGUAUUCUCAGAAAAGUGUCAUGUCUUGCAAGUGGUGUUUAAAAGGGAUUUGCUUGGCUUGUGACUUGUCUUGUGGUAGAGCACAACAAAACAUACUGAAAGGCAUGUACUUGGUAUGUCUGAAUUGACUGUGCAUACAGUGGACCUUUGAAAAGAGUAGUAGGUGAUUUUUGGUAUGCUGCAUACUAGUGGAGGUCACUAGGUUGCUUGUACGCAAUAUUUGUUUGUUAGUGUGCAUCACAGCUGUUAUCACCAAUAUUCAAGUUAAGAGACUCAAAAGGGAAGCUCCAAACCAGGAGUCAAGGUGGCUGAGUAAGGAGGUAGAAGAAAAAAUUACGACCAAGAAAAUUUGUUCCAAGACUUAGCAUAACUUCCCUAAUAAAGAAAAGUGGAAGAUGUAUAUUCUAGGAAAAAGAAGGCAAAGAAGAUUGACCACGAAACAGAUCAAAUGCUUGUGAAAAACUGUACAAUUGACUUGGCAUAAGAUAGAGAGAGGUGUAUAUAUAAGUUGGCUAAAACCAGAGAUUUUAACUAAAUAAAGUGUAUAAAAGAUGAAGACCGAAAAGUAUUUGUAAAUGAAGGGGAUGGGAGGGGUGUUUCUUGAAACUAUUCAAUGAAUGUGGAGAAACAAAUGUUACCUCAGGGCUUCUUUAGUGAUUCUGUAAAAGAUAGACAUUAUAUGUUUUAUAGAUACUUUUGUCCAAGUCCAAAAUAAGUGAAACAAGCCAUAAAAAGAUGAAUGGUAAAGCAGUUGAACUAGAUAGUAUCUUGAUAUAAGCAUGGAAAUGCAUGGGAGAAGAGGUAUUUGUGCUUAAAUGAAAUUACUUAAUAAUGAGGUCCUUAAAUCAUAAAGGAUGCCUGACAAAUAGAGGAGGAGCACUCUAGUGCCUAUAAUGUGAAAAAAGAAAACAUUCAAAGUUGUGGAAAUUACAAAGAGAUCAAGCUACUGAGCAUAUUAUGAAACUUUAGGAGAGUGAUUAAGAAAAUUUUCCUAUUUUGGCUCUUAUACAUGCUGCUACUUAAGGGAAAUCGAGGUGUUUGAAAAUCAAUUUGGUUUCAUGUCUGGUAGGUCAACAAGGAAAGCAAUAUAUAAGGUGCCUGAUGGGAAGGUCUAGAGAUAGAAGAGAUGAUCUACAUAUGGUGUUUAUAGAUUUAGAUAAGUUUAUGACAAAUUCCCAAAAACAGUCCUAUAGAAGGUUUGAGAGGAGUUUGAAUUGCUUAUGUAUGGGUUAUUAAUGACAUUUAUCAUGGAGUUGAAAUAUGUAUUAGAACAUGUAGAUGAGAUAUUGAAACUUUCCAAUUACAAUUGGAUUACAUCAAGGAUCUAAUUAAGUCCUUAUCUCUUUACCCUAGUAAUAGAUGAACUGGCUAAACAAAUUGAAGUAGAGAUGUCUUGGAUUAUGCAAUUUGUAGAUGACAUUGUCUUGGAGGAUUAGACAAAAAAAAAAAAAAAAAAAAGGUGUGAAUAUUAAGCUCAAGAUAUGGGGGAACACCUUAAAAUCUGAAGGCUUUAAGUUGAAUAGAGUGAAAACUGAAUAUAUGAAAUGUAAGUUUGGUAAAAAUAUGUGUGGAUGAUAUUAUGGUGAGACUUGAAGAUCAAGUCAUCCCAAGAGAAGAUCAAUUUGGAUAUCUUGGAUCAAUUAUUUACAAAAGAUGGAGAGAUUAAUGAGGAUGUUACCUAUGGAAUUAAGGCAAGACGGUUGAAAAAGAACAAUGUGUUCAACAUUUUAUGAGACAAUAAAAUAAGCUAAAAGGAAAAUCUUAUGGGAUGGCUAUAAGAGUUGUUUUGUAGUAUGACAUGGAAUGUUGGGCAAUAAGACUCCACCAUGUGCAAGAUACAAGCGUAAUGGAGAUAAGGAUAUAACUAAAAAUGAGUUUAUUUGUAAUAUGGUUAGCGUGACUCCUAUUGAAGGUAAAAUUUAUGAGACAUGAUUAAGAUGGUUUGUUUAUGUGAGAAGAAAACUCGUACAAAAUGUUGUGAGGAGUGGAUAGAAUUGUCAUGUACUUACUGAAUGAAAUUGUCGACGAGAAAUAAGGGGGAGUAGUAUUUGUGACACCCAUAACAUAAAACAUACUUAAUAAUAAUAAUAAUAUUCGUAUGAACUUCAAGGUUUAGCGCAUAAAAACUAGAGAAACACUACUUUUAUAAACUUAAGUAAAGUUUCAGUAUACAAUAGAUUCAAAGCAUGUUUCGUGUAAAUAUAAAGUUUGAUAUUGAAAACAAGGCUUCAAUAGAAGAAAGGAAGACUUAGCAAAUAUACUUUGUAACAAUAGCAUCCAUACUGAGAAAUCCGGACUUGAAAUGAGACUCAGCCUUUUCAUAAACUUAUAUAAGCUUUAAGGACAUACGAUUGAGCAAUAGUGUACAUAUAUCAUAAGAGUUUAAUGCUGAAAAUAUUUCUAAAACAAAAAGAGAGAGACAAGAUUUCAAUUAUUGAAAAUUAUUUUCAAAGAGCCUCCACACUCCACGUCCAUGUCCCGAUCUCCUCAUUCAUGAUCACCUGGGAGGGAAAAAUAUAUGGGAUGAGAUUUAUGCAAAUCUCAGUAAGUGCAAGAGAACCAUCAUACGUAUUUAAGCAAAACAUGACAUAACAUAACAUAACAUAAGGAGACACAAGAGGUUCCACCAACUAUGGGGGCACGAACCCUCAUGCAUAGCGCUACCGUACUCCAGUUCCGAAACUUGUGUGAACAUAAACAUAACAUAAGGGACCACAUAACAUGAUUCAUGAGCAUACUUAAAUAUUAUAAAUAGUUCAUAAUGUACUUACCUUAACUUGGUUGGAUGAGAUCUGAAUGUUUAAGGCUUCACACCUUACAAGGUUUGCUUUUCUGCAGAAAAUACAUAUUUUGUGAACUAAACCCCAAAUAAUUUUACAUAGUAUUGUAGGUAAUUUAAUAAGGGGUUGAUACAUGAAAUUUCAUGGGAAAAGGGGAUGUCACGCGCCCUCACGCGUCGACGAAAGGUGCCACUUUUAAUUUUCGUGACAGCUUUGCACCCUUUUGGUUUUUCGGCCAUAUCUCCCUUGUUUUAACUCUGAUUUGACCUCCGUUUUUUCCUACAUGCUCCUCUUUCGUCCCUCUACAGGAAUAUCAAAAAGAAACUGGACUUACCUCAUUGUUUUCCGGUGAUUCAGGCCUAGAUUCUUGCGACGCACAGUUUCUCCGGUGAGGCUCGUAUCUCCUUCGUUCCUUCACCGAUUUCCCUUGUUUUUCUUAAAAAAUUUCUCCCCCUCUCUCAAUAACACACUCUUUACCUUCACACUUCUCAAUAUGGCAUAAACUUGGCUUCGAAUGAUUUGGAAUGCCCAAAACUCAACCCAAGAUCCUAUUUAUAAAUGUUUUCGGCCAAUCAUGUUUCGCCACAUAUCUCGUCAUCAUGAGGCCUCAUUAUUAUCUUCCAUGUGUGGCCAAUAAAUGCUUGCCACAUGACCCAAACUUGGAGGUUAAGUAAAAUACUUGGAGAAGACUUUUAACAAAGACUUGGAGAAGACUUACUUAACAAAGACUUUGAGAAGACUUAUCAAAGAUUUUGAUUUAAAUAAGGUUUGUACUCCAAAAUGAUCAAAAACUAUAUUGGAGUUUUAUUGAAAUCCACAAUCAUGACUUUCACAAUCUCUUGAAAUGUGCUAUUUCCUCAAGUAUCUGAAUCUAAACAUCUUGAAUAUUACAUCAUAUUUUAGUAUAAAAUCUCGGGUGUUACAGUAUUAGCCGAGUGCACAUACUUGGCAUGAAGUGGUUAGGUGGUUAUGUAAUUUUGGCGGGAAACGUCCCACUUGAAUUGGUGAGAUCAGUAUAAAUAUGAAUUGAUCUCACCCGAUGAAAGGCAUGCUAUGAAUCAUUUCAUUCUGGAAUUCUCUCUCUAAUUCUCCCAUUCUCCCUCUCUCUCCCUACCAAUUCUUCUCUAAUUCUCCAUAAUUCUCUAUGGAAUUCUUGAGGAUUCCUUGUUAGAUCUCUAAGACCGGACAAGAAUGGAUUAAGUCUUUAGCAAAUGAAGUAGAGGAGGAUAAAAGAAAAAUUUAGUGGGGAACUCUUAGGUAUGAUAUAGGUGCCAUAUAGAAGAUAUGGCCCCAUAGAGAGAGAUGAUUCAUGAGUUAGAAUUCUUAUCAGUGGGAGAGUGGAUAGAAUGGAAGAAUCUUUAGCAAAAGAAGUAGAUGAAGAUGAAAAAUUAGGUAGGAAACUCUUAGAUAUGAUAUGGUUUAUAAUUGCCAUACAACGGUAUGGUCAUAUAUAGGGAUGAUUGGCAAAUUAGUACUCAUAUAGGUGAUUGCACCUAUUAGGAUUAAGCUUGAUAUUUAUUAUCAUUGUUGGUUCAGUGUACAGUGGUGUGAGUUGUGCUUUGCCUUGUUUUUUUACUUUCUGCAGCAUUAGAUGACCUUGUUUUUGGUUAUCCAUAUCCAUCAGUUUUCAAGUUUUUUGAAGUUUUUAUGAUGGAUAACUAUACCUAUUGGGCAUUGGAAUUUCUUGCAAAUGUUACCCUACCUACUUACAAAAUUUUAAAUAUUGACAUUAACCAUGUUCUUUAUAUUUUUCUUAUUAAUCUCGUUGCCCUUAAAUUUGGGUUAAUUUAAUUUAUGCUCCAUUUCUUUAUAAUGAGCGAACUUAUGAAGAAGUGACUGUAAAACAAAUUGAAGGCAUUGAAUUGCAAGAAAUUUGCAUCCUUUUAUAAUGAUACACAAUUGAUUUUUUAGAACUUGAUUGCAUGCUAGCAUGAUAUUUUGGUGCAUCGCAGAUCAUGAAUCUUAAGAUGCCUACUCCAGUGAAUAAAUAAAUGAAAUUCAUUUUGUGUAUGCACUUCUAUUUUGGAUGUUAAGUUCCCUUAAGGCCAGGAUAAAAAGGGCAUCCCCAGUACUUUGCUAGGGUUGGGAGAGGGUUGUAGUUGUAUGCGACCUUCUUGCUUUUUGUAAAAAGGCUGUUUCCACAACUCCAACCCUAUAAUAUUUUAUCCUAAUGGGGUUUUGCUUUUGCUUUAUUUCAUUUGUCUUAUGUUAUAUUGGAAUUAUAGUUUACUGAGCUGCAUGGUUUUCAGGUGUGCCAUAUUUCGUAUUCAAAUGCACAAGUUGAUGCAUUCUCAUUGAGUCUUAACAAACAUUUGGAAGGCAGUGUGCUGCAAAAAAGUACCUAUUUUGGAAGUUCACACGUUGACAUUUAGUUCAUGAUUUCUUCCUUCUUAUGUUGCCAGCAGCAGAACCAUCUUGGCUGAACUUUGUUCAAUUGCAAAAUUAGCAUGGAGAAAACAACUGGCCAAAAUAAUCUGUGGCAAUAGCUCUACACGGACUUAACUUUGCGUCGAAUCAUGAUUGAUAAAGUGUUUGACCUGUUCACGUGAAGAAUUAAACCAUUGAUGACUUGGGUGGCUUCUGUUGUUUGUUUAUACUUUCUUGACAUUGGCGCCUGACUUCACAAAUGGCUCAGAAUUUGUAGGCUUCAGUUUGCCUGGGAUAAGCAUGGUUUUCUGCGGCUUCAAACAUAGCCUGGUGAUUUAAGGUUGAAUACGGAUGGGUAAAGAAGAAUAUACAGAACAGGCUUGAUAUCUUUUCAUGCAGAUGUAGGGACCCCUUUUGGCUUUUUCUAUAGGAGUUGUCAAGGCAGUAAGGCAUUAGUUUGGGUUCUCAUGCAGGUUGUCCACAUAGCAAGCUUGAGUUCACUGCUGUCGAAUAGCUAUUCCUGAGCCUUGAUGCAAUCUACUGCCUCGUUUGAAGGGAGGAGAAAGGGUAAAUGGGCCACUUAAUCUUGCACCUCCAUUCCAGACCAUUUGACACUCCUUGAUCCCAAACUGGACCAUGAUUCGAUGUCCUCUGCAUCUGGAAAGAUCUUGCCUCAAGUUAGGAGAGUUUUCAUACGUCAGGAGAAAACUAUUGAUGCCUAAAAUUGUUCACAGCCUCCGCCAAUGAGAGGUUGCGGAAACUUGACAUGGUGGUCUGGCCAUGAUGGAAUAGUGAUGCCUUCCCGAGAAGAUCAACCAGCAGCAACUUAUUGCCUUGUGGGCCCGAUGUUUCAGUUUGUUCAAGGAGAUAUGGACUGACAAGUCUUGCGGUUUAUAGCUAGAAGGAAUCUGACGGAAUAAGUCAGUUAGCAUUGGGUAAACCGAGUCCAAGAAAGGCAUUUGCCGGCCGAAGGGGAUUUUGCCAAAUCCUCCAUCCUCGAAUUUCUCUGCUUUCAACUUCCUUCAGCUCUUCAUUUUCCCAUCUGCCAAACACAUCCUUCUGUUGCACUUGCAGCCGGCCAUUGUAUUUAUAGAACCCAAAGCCAUCUCUCUCUCUCUCGCUCUCUCUGUAUCAAUUUAUAUAUAUAGUUGCAGGUGGACUUGUACAAAGCAUUAGCCUUUUCUCUGCUUUGUGAACAAUCAUGGAGCAAAAAAGGUGUCCACCACGGCCAAGCAUGGCUUCCACGUUGGUUCUUGCUCUCAUAAUUUCCAGCUUCAAUUCCAGACCUGCCAUGGCCGAGGAAGUAGAAACCACAUUGGCAAGACAAACAUACAUUGUUCAUGUAAAGCUUCCAAAUGACCUUCUUUCCUCUUCACCGAAAGAUGUUCGAAAGUUUUACCGGACUUUCUUGCCAACCACCACUCCAAACGAACCAUCAUCACCUCGCCUAGUCUACUCUUACCACACCGUGCUCGCUGGUUUUGCAGCCAGAUUGUCGCCCGAAGAAGCCAAAGCCAUGGAAAAGAUAGAUGGGUUCGUCUCCGCUCGGCCCCAGAAGGAGUUCUCUCUGCACACAACUCACACCCCAAGCUUCUUGGGGCUGCACCAGAAUUUAGGCCUCUGGUUGGGCGCAAACUACGGCAAGGGCGUGAUUGUGGGAGUUUUGGACACUGGGGUGUAUCCCAACCACCCUUCUUUCAGCGAUAAAGGGGUGCCUCCUCCGCCAGCUAAAUGGAAGGGGAAGUGUGAUUUCAGUGGCACAGCCUGCAACAACAAGCUCAUAGGCGCCAGGAACUUCGUAAGCGGCGAGACCGGGCCGCCAUACGACGAGGAAGGGCACGGCACCCACACUGCCAGCACGGCUGCCGGGAACUUCGUGGAGGGCGCCAAUGUGUUUGGCCAAGCCAAUGGCACGGCGGCCGGGAUGGCGCCUCUGGCUCACUUGGCCAUCUACAAGGUUUGCUCUGAGGUCGACUGUGCGGAAGCUGAUAUCUUGGGUGCAAUGGACGCCGCCGUGGAGGAUGGAGUUGAUAUCCUGUCUCUGUCCCUUGGCGGUGGCUCUGCCUCUUUCUAUGCUGAUGGAAUUGCAGUGGGAGCCUUCGGCGCGAUCCAGAAGGGUGUGUUUGUGAGCUGCUCGGCUGGCAACGGAGGUCCCGAACAUGGCACCUUAUCGAAUGAGGCUCCGUGGAUUCUGACUGUUGGAGCCAGCACCAUAGACAGAAGCAUAAGAGCCACCGCGGUACUCCAAAACAAGCAGCAAUUUGACGGCGAGUCCCUGUUCCAGCCGAGCGAUUUCCCAACAUCCUCGCUGCCUCUUGUCUACGCUGGAGAGAACGAUCCAGACGCUGCUCUGUGCGGCCUAGGAUCACUGAACAACACUGAUGUGAAAGGCAAGGUUGUGUUGUGUGAGAGAGGCGGCGGCAUAGCAAGAAUAGAGAAGGGGCAAACAGUGAAAGACGCUGGCGGCGCAGCCAUGAUUCUGAUGAAUCAGGAACCGGAUGGCUACAGCACAUUGGCUGAUCCUCAUGUUCUGCCUGCAACACAUGUGAGUUAUGCCUCUGGUGUGAAGAUCAAAGAGUACAUAAACUCCACAGCUUCUCCCAUGGCCACUAUCUUGUUCAAAGGGACGGUUAUAGGCGACUUGUCUGCCCCUGUAGUCACUUCCUUCUCAUCAAGAGGCCCAAGCUUGGCAAGCCCUGGCAUACUGAAACCUGACAUUAUUGGCCCUGGUGUCAGCAUUCUAGCGGCAUGGCCUGUCUCGGUCGAAAACAAGACCGACACAACCGCAACAUUCAACAUGAUUUCGGGCACCUCCAUGUCCUGUCCUCACCUCAGCGGCAUCGCAGCUCUGCUCAAGAGUUCACAUCCAGAUUGGUCCCCUGCAGCAAUCAAGUCUGCAAUCAUGACCACUGCUGAUCUGCUGAACCUGGGGAAAAAGCCGAUCCUCGACGAAAGGCUGUUGCCGGCUGACAUCUUCACAACCGGUGCAGGCCAUGUCAACCCACCAAGAGCGGCUGAUCCGGGCCUCGUCUUCGAUCUCAAGCCUGAGGACUACAUACCUUACUUGUGUGGUUUGAACUACACAGACGAGGAGGUCAGCUUCAUCACAAGCAGAGCAGUGAACUGCUCUCAAGUGUCGAGCAUUCCAGAAGCAGAGCUCAACUAUCCUUCCUUCUCUAUCACAUUAGGCUCUGCCAACCCCAACCAGGCAUACACAAGGACAGUGAAAAACGUUGGGCAGGCUAAGGCAUCUUAUGGGAGUAUUAUUGUGGUACCUCCAGGUGUUGAAAUGGCCUUGAGCCCCGCUACGCUUGAGUUCUCAAAGGUGAACCAAGAGAUCACAUUUCAAGUGACGUUUAAUCGGGCCGGCUUCGACAGUCCAAACACCUCUUUUGUCCAAGGAUCCUUAAUCUGGACAUCUUCUACCAGCAGGCAUUCUGUUAACAUGCCAAUUUCAGUUGCACUGGAGUAGUGAAAGUGAAGCUUCUCCAUCUCCAAACUACAUCCAUUUCUUCUGUUUUCUGAAUUCCAUACAAUGUAUUGAAUAACGCAAGUCUCUUUACAUUGUUCUUCUCACUUCUCAAUACAAGCCUUUUUACAAGUUGUAAAAUAAUUUGGAAGAAUAUGUGCUACUACGAGUAGGUAUUAUUUUCAAGUGCUAUGGAACCAUUCAUGAUAUGGUGGUGUAAA